UUGAGGAACGUCACUCGCUCUAAGUUGGUCGAGGAGAGAUGAGCUGCUCACCGGUGACUAUUAAGAAGACACCGAAGUAGGGAUUACCGAGUGUGUAUCUUCAGAGACGGUGACGUGGAGACGGUUUGUAAGAGAAAGAUAAAGAGAGAGGCAGUUGAGGUCUGAAUGCUGAUGUGGGGAGGCAGGUAUUAAGACCGGAUAGCCAGGAGGAAACCACACCAUCAAAUCGUAUCGAGAGAGAGGACUCAGAGACAUUCUCUCGGGAGCAUACCAAAUUAAUAAUUGAUUUAAACACAGUAAACUGUAAACCAUACAAUAAACAUACAAAACCUCAAACCAAAAUGGUUAAGAGUUUAUUUGUAGCCUAUCUCCUUUGUGCCCUACUCAUGGCCAGCGCGACGGCGAGGCCGAAGGGAUGUCGCCAGAGCCAGCAGGAAACCCACCGACGGUCCCCUCCGAACGUCUUAGAGAGACUAGCCAUGAGGGGUGCCGUUAUCACCUCAGGCCUCAGGAACCUAAGGAACCUUCGGUCGAUCAGGGAGAGACGCUUUAACAGCUUUCCUGUCUGGAAGAGUCUACACAAGAUGCAGGAGCGAGCCAUGGACAUCGGGGAUCUCCCAUCGCUUUCCAUCAUACCGAGGAAGGACAUCCACGCUAGGGUUGAGAAGGACCUGUUGGACAAGGGAGUCCGGGAGGCGGGCGUGUGGGCGCAGCAGCCCUUCUGGUUCUCUGAACUGAUGGGUGCUGGAGGGACGAGGGACGGGGAGGAGGAGGUGGAGCCGCCGCAUGAGCCGGCAGGGAACCCGACUGAGGAGUGGGGAGGUGAUGAUUGGGAUUACGGUAGCCAGGAUGCAGACGACGACUCUUUCUCGGCGUGGGGAGACUUUAGAGAGCCUCUUACGAAGUGCAGCGAUGAUAUUGUUGGAAAUUCGUGCACACAAAACAGCGACUGUCGAGGUUGCAGAGCGUUCCAUUGCUCGAGAAGUACAAGUCAAUGCGUGGCGGGUGAAGAAGCAGACCAGCACUUCGCUGGAUUUCUUUAAAGAGAUUAAUGCCUUCGCCACCAAGAAAAUCUCUCCAGGACUCGACGACGCCUUUUGUAAUGUGACCGAG